CGCCGCGCUGAGCGUAAUGAACGCUCUUUAGUAACUCGUCGUAUAUUCGCAGAAAGACAACAUGGGAAUGGCGAGCGAGGAUCUGCUGGUGACACUCCAGAUACUGCCCGGGUUCUUCUCCAACUGUCUGUUUCUCGCCCUGUACGACUCCGUGGUGCUGCUGAAGCGCGCCGUGUCGCUGCUCAGCUGCUCCAGGUCCGCUGGCUGCGGAGAGUGGCGCCGCAUGCUGACCUCGGAGGGGCUCCGCUCCAUCUGGAACAGCUUCCUCCUGGACGCAUACAAGCAGGUCAAACUUGGCUGUGAGGCGCCCAACUCUAAGGUGGUGAAGGUACCUGAUGGCCCUCGAUGGAGCAGCACUAUCAGUAACAUGACUAAUGUCCCGUGUGGUGCCAAGAUCCAAAAUGGGGAUGAGUGCCGCCUUCUGGAUUUGGAGUCAUCAGACCGCCCUCUGGUGGUCAACUUUGGCUCCGCCACCUGACCCCCAUUCAUCAGCCACCUGCCAGCUUUCCGGCAGUUGGUGGAGGACUUCAGUGAUGUGGCUGAUUUCGUGCUAGUGUACAUUGAUGAGGCUCACCCGUCUGACGGCUGGGUGGCUCCUCCUAUGGGUUCUUGCUCUUUCAGUUUCCGGAAACACCAGAACCUGGAGGAGAGGAUGGGAGCGGCGCGCAAACUGAUUGAGCACUUUUCUCUGCCGCCACAGUGUCAGCUCGUGGCCGACUGCAUGGACAACAAUGCUAAUGUGGCUUAUGGUGUGUCCAAUGAACGGGUGUGUAUAGUACAACAAAAAAAGAUUGCCUACCUGGGUGGCAAGGGGCCAUUUUUUUACAAUCUUAAGGAUGUGCGGCAGUGGCUGGAACAGAGCUACGGUAGACGGUAGGAGGAAUUGAGGACGAGUACAGAGGAGGACAUGUGCCUUUUAGUAGUCUGUAAAUGAGAGAUGAUUUGGUUCUGUAUGAGCAUAAGAAGGGGAAUUCAAAGGUAGCUAUCAUGAGUUAUCUUUCAGAACUGCAAAGCAACAUCUUUUACUUUUAAAAAUUUCACACACAACUUCAUAUACACUGAGACAAGCAUAUGUGCUUCAUCUGUAUUUGCGCCUGUUUUUGCUGCUAAAGUCAUGCUUUGCAUGAUUUACAAAUUAAACAAAAAAUCACAAGGGUCUAUUUUCAAAAAUAGGUUACAAAUUUGAAAGUUUCUAAUUAUAUUAUGGAGAUUUUAAUAUUAGAUUUUAUUUUUUUUUUUACACUGUGGCCAUAUCCAUAACUUCAUGUCUGAUCUUAUUCACCCCUGUGUCCUCUUUGGAUGAAUGUUCAUUCUUAUCUGAGUGCUUUUGAAAUAUGUCCAUGUUUACAUGAUUGAGUCAAAGUAGAUUUAUUGUGGCUUUUUGACACUGAUCGAUGAAAAAAGAUCAUUUAAAAUAUAAAGUUAAACAGAUCUUACCAGUGUCAUCUAGGCACUGGUUAUGUUGGUCCCCUCCCAGUCAGUGUUUGUUGGGUGCACCUUUGCUAUCAGUUCCAGCCUUGAGUGUGUGUGGAUAGAUCUCGGCAUGUUGUGCUUCAUGUAUCUGGCGACUACUGUUUUUUUUUUUUUGCUGUUCUCCUGUAAAGCUGCUCAUGCUCUGUCAGGUUGUAUGGAGACAGUCCAGCCACAGACUGGACUGAGACUGGGUCUUUGAUUCAGCCAGGACUUUGGUAUGGUUGCUUUUAAGCUAUUCUGGCGUGGCUUCGACUACAUGCUUGAGCGUAUUGUCUGGUUAAAAAAACAAAUCUUCUCCCACGUGGCAGGUAUCUUGCAUCAGGUUUUCCUCCAGGAUUUCUUUGUCUUUUGAUGCAUUCACAUCACCUGCUGCACAGAGACAUCCCCUGGGGUUGCUUCCCCUUGGGUUGCUUCGUGCUGGAAGUUCUAUUUUUAUGAUAUGCAUUGUUUGGCUUACAGCAGACGUGGUAUUUAGCCUCUCAGUUUCAGUCUUCUCACACCAUGAAACAUUCUUCCAGCUGACCUCAUAGUUUCCCAUCUUUCUGUCCAACUGUAGCCCAGAUGUCAUGUGAGCUUUCUAGAAGCUUUGUCUUUGACAUCCAGGUGCAGCCCAACCUCCCUCACUUGUCUUCUAGCCGUAAAAAUCCAUAAGCACUGUAUUUCUUAAACUUUUCAUGGAUUUGCUUAUUAGCGGUGCUAUUGUCAGGUAUGGAAGUUCUGACCUGUAUUUCUGUGUUGUGAAGGAAUAGGGAAAAAAAGGCCUUAGAUUGGUUAAAGAUUGGGUAAUCCAUGUUUGCCUUGCCGUGUGUUAUUUUCCUGCAAGCUUUUGUAAUGCGUUGACAUGAUCAAUCCAGACAUGUGCAGGGUGUAUUUAUCUAUUAUUGUGGCUUGCAUAUGUUGAGUUGUGUGCUGAUGUUUAUUGAUUGUGUGUGGAUGUAGUGUGGAUUCAGGGCUGUGCAGUGUUUGCUAAAGGAAGACCUUUAUGUUAGCUACAAAUACAGGAUUUCAGAAUACAACAGAAGUGCUAACUCGCUGUCCACGGUUCCUCAAAAAGUUGGUCCUACAACUGACUAACGAGGUGGUCUCCAUCUUAAUAACUGUUUGAUUGCUUCAAUCAGUUGGCUGCACUACAGCUAUGUAGAGCAGUUAUAAACUCCAUUCAAGAAAAAAGUACUUUAUAAAAAGAAGUAUUCAUUCAACUCAUUCAAAUAACAAUGAUUCAGAGUAAUGAAAGCAGCUAUUGGGG